AAAGUAGAUGUUUUCUCAAAGACUCGACAUGAAGAUGUAUGGAGUCAUUCGGGAACAUGCAGAACAGGACAAAUUGUUAGUGGUCCAAUUACAGCAGGAAAAUCAUUUGAUUUUAAGCUUCGUUUAAGAAUUCCUGUUAGAAGAUUCCUUCCAUUAGAAGCUAUUCGAUUUAUUCCAGCUUUUGCAGGAAACAUUCAGCUUAAAGUAAAGUUCAGUAGCGACGCCUUACAAUGCACAUCUAUAUCUGUAAAUGAUAUCAUUGCUUUCAAUCCAACUCUUAAAGUUGCAUUUGCUUCAGAUUCAAAUCCACCGACAAAUAAAUUUGUUCCAUGGAAUGAACCAUUCACUAUGAUAACGAAGGCAGUAGAAGCUAGUGGAACAGUUACUAUUACAACUGUAACCCAGCAACUAUUUCGAACAAAGAUGGAUUUUAAUGAAUGUUUCAUUCAUCCAAAGUCAUUCUCUUUAGACCCUAACAUUUAUACAGAACUUGUAGAACAUUAUACAAACGAGGCUUUAUGUUUUCCUGUUAAAGUUAUGGAUUGGAUUCCUAUGGACGGUUCAUUCUCAAAGAAUACAGAUAGUUCAAGUGCAACAUUUACAGCAGCUUAUACGCCUAUUAAUGUUAAAAGUAUUUGGGCACUAUUUAGAAAGAAAGACAACUAUUAUGUUAAUUUUGAGAACCCUAAGUUUAAAUAUCUUCAGCUUUCCAUGGGAGCUUAUGGAAAUAUGCCUGCAGAACCUGAAAAAUCAUAUGGACCUGUAUUUUAUGAAAUGGUUGCGAACGCUUGCAAUACAAACAAUGAUAUGAUAGGAUUUAAUGAAGAUGUUAUGAGGUCAUUGGUGGAUGAUGGUAGUGUGGAACAUAAAUGGGAUAGCUAUGACAACACACAUUUCUUAUGUGGUUUUCCAACAGAAGUGGACUUUUGCUUCCAGCAAGGUCAAACAUCUACUGCUCCAAUAACAUACAAAUUGUCUGUUAAAGGACCUAUUGAACUAGCAACUGAAAAUGUACCAAAGCCACUUAUUGGAUUUAUGAGGGAUUGUUGCUUUGCAAUACAAGUAAGACAGUCAGGCAUACCAAUAAUAAGACUUGACGACUAUAACUUAGCAACUGACGACAGUGAGGAAUAA